AUGGUCAGUAGGUUUUAUCAAAUUCCAGGUUCACAUCGGCCACCAUCGGCAGUAUCUUCAUCAAAUGAAUCGUCUUCUUUAUUAUCAGCAAGACGAAUAAGUCAAACAUAUUUCAAUUAUCAAGCUACCCCGGAGUUCCAAAAGGUGUCUUCUAAAUAUGAUCCUGAUAACCCAAACAAGGACAAGUUGGGAACUUACGAUGGAGUGUUUGUACCUACGGCACUGAAUGUCUUAUCUAUCCUUAUGUUUCUUCGUUUUGGCUUCAUUUUGGGUCAGUUAGGUGUUAUUUGUACCAUUGGUCUUUUGCUGCUGAGUUACACUAUUAAUCUUCUCACUACAUUGAGUAUUUCUGCUAUAUCUACAAACGGGACCGUUAGAGGUGGGGGCGCUUAUUACAUGAUUUCAAGAAGUUUGGGGCCUGAAUUUGGCGGAUCCAUUGGGCUCGUGUUUUUUUUGGGGCAGGUAUUCAACGCAGGUAUGAAUGCGGUGGGUAUUAUCGAACCAUUACUUUAUAAUUUGGGCUCUUCCGCCCAAGGUGAGCCUCCUGCGGCUUUGAGGGAGUUGUUGCCAAGAGGGCAUUGGUACGAAUUCACAUAUGCCACAAUAAUUCUUUUUCUGUGUUUUUCUGUGGCGUUUGUUGGCUCACAAACAGUGUCCAGAGCAGGAAAUAUUCUUUUUUUGGUAUUGGCCGCCUCUAUAUUCUCUAUCCCACUAUCUGCACUGAUAAGGUCACCAUUCAUUGAAGGUAACAUCAGUUAUACUGGCCCCGCAUGGCAAACUUUCUAUGAUAAUCUUUUCCCUCACUUAACAAAGGGUGCAGCGGGUUCGCUACUUAAAGGUAAGGAGACGUUCAAUGAUUUAUUUGGGGUUUUUUUUCCUGCUACUGCUGGUAUAUUUGCCGGCGCAGGAAUGUCAAGUGAACUUAGAAAACCUUCCAAAUCAAUUCCUAAGGGUACCUUAUGGGGCUUACUGUUUACUUUUAUUUGCUAUGCCGUUGUUGUCUUUUCUAUGGGCUGUUCCAUUCCAAGAAAAUCAUUAUAUGGUGAUGUGCAAAUUAUACAGACCAUCAGCUCCGUCCAGUGGGUUAUAUUCAUGGGUGAAAUGGCCACAUCCCUUUUUUCCAUUAUUGUAGGUAUGCUCGGUGCAGCCUAUGUGUUGGAAGCCAUUGCAAAGGAUAACAUUAUUCCAGGUUUAGAGAUUUUUACUCAUAAACCAUUAUAUUCAUUGAUCUUUACUUGGAUUUUGACUCAGUUGUGUUUGUUUUCAGAUGUUAAUAAGAUUGCCACAUUUAUUACCAUGACAUUCUUGAUGACAUUCGUAGUAAUGAAUUUAGCAUGUUUUUUAUUGGGCAUUUCCUCAGCUCCCAAUUUCAGGCCCUCUUUCAAGUAUUUCAACAGAUAUACUACAGCUAUUGGUGCUUUACUUUCUGUUGUUGCAAUGUUAAUUGUUGAUGGGAUUUCAGCUUCUGUUCUAUUUUUAGCUAUGAUUUUGCUAUUUUUAUUUAUUCACUACUUUUCACCUCCGAAAUCUUGGGGUGAUGUGUCUCAAAGUCUAAUAUAUCAUCAGGUGAGAAAAUACCUACUUCGCCUACGUCAAGACAAUAUUAAAUAUUGGAGGCCUCAAAUAUUGUUGUUUGUAGAUAACCCUAGAACGAGCUGGAACUUGAUAAGGUUUUGCAAUCAUCUGAAAAAAGGUGGUUUGUAUAUUUUAGGCCAUGUAGCCGUAACUGCGGAUUUUCCGAAACAAUUGAAUGAACUAAAAACCCAACAGAAAGCUUGGAUGAAAAUUAGGGACAUGGCCGCUAUAAAAGCAUUUGUUCAGGUUGGGACAGGCCCUUCUCUUAUAUGGGGAAUUAGAAAUGUUUUUAUUGGUUCUGGACUAGGAGGUAUGAAACCGAACAUUACUGUUGUUGGUUUUUUUGACCUCGACAAUUAUAGGAAGCAUACGUUACAGAGUAGGCACAAUGACGAUAACAAUAAGAAACAGGUAAAAAUGACAGUGCCAGGUAGCACAUUUUCUGAUGUCAUAAUCAAUGUUCCCUUACCUACAGAUGAGUGCAAAAACGAAAGCAAAGUUAAUGUGCAACAAUGGGUUCAAAUUGUAGAAGAUCUAUCACUAAUGCAAUCUAAUAUUGCUAUAGCACAUGGUUUUAAAUUGUUAGAGAUACCAAACAAAAAGGACUGUUGUUUUCCAAAAAAGACAAUCGACCUUUAUCCCAUUCAAAUGUGCGGGAAAGUAGAGGCGAGGGGUGACCAACCUGCUUCUAUCACUACCAAUUUUGAUACUUAUACACUUAUAUUACAAUUGGCUGCCAUUUUAAUAACUGUUCCUGAAUGGAAACAUACACACGCACUUCGAGUUAUUUUGUUUGUCGAACAAGAAUACCACAGAACUGAUGAAGUUCAACGAAUGAAAAAGCUACUUCAGAUUUUAAGAAUUGACGCAGAAGUUUUGGUAGUGUCUCUAGAUCAAUUCAGGGUAUAUAACACAAUUGUCAAGGGAGACCCAAUUGUGUUUGAUUUUGUCAACUCAAAGUUGGCUGAUAAUGAAUGGUGGCAAGAUUUAGUCGAAGCUCGUGAUACGCUAAAACCUAAGCGGAGAUUUUCCACUCUUGAACCUCAAACGGUAGCGAAGCAAUUUACACAAUCAAGAAAAUAUACUUCAAGAGUUCAGAAAUUGGGUGUCUCAUUUACCAUGAAUACUAGCAUGCCGACUAACCGCAUAGAAACUCCGUUUGAGAGUGAGGAUUCAGAUUUGGAUACAGAUCUUACCUCAAUUCGUGAUGCAUUCUCAGUAUCGACUGAGGUUCCAGGAGGUAAAGAUUUAACGACUAAAUCAAAGGCUGGUUCCGAAAGAUCGAAUUUAUUCGUAAAGAAUUUGCAAAGUGAUGUGUCGACGCAAUCGCUGAGACCUGUUUUCUCGAGUAAUACCUUACCAAGAACUAGAAUUGUGGAAGAUGGUACGGGUGAACAGCCAACCCUUAUUCCAAUUGCCGAACCAGAUCUCUCAAGCGCUAACGGCAACAAAUCUAAGAGACCUGUUCUGCCUGAAUUAUCUCCUUGCUGUUCUAAAGAUAGUCUUGUUACAGCGAUGCAGAAUUUAGGUUUUAAUGAUCUUCCCAGCACUGCUCAGCAUUUAAUUCUGAAUGAUAUGAUGACACAGAUGUCAAAGAAUUCGGAUUUGAUCUUUUCGACGUUACCAAUUCCAACGCUUGGAACACAUGAAGACCACGAUGCAAGUUUACAAUAUGUUGAAGACUUAGAUAUUUGGUUGGAAGGUUUACCACCAUGUAUGCUAAUCAACUCACAGACCAUGACUGUGACUACUGCAUUAUAG